GGAAAGUCAGCUUAUCAGUCACAGCAGCGCGUCCCCUGAACGAUAACGAAGAGUUGACUUUAGGUGAAAAGCCUGACCACAGAGACCGGGGUGAGAAGGUGAUGAAGCGUACUUCAUGAGCUGUAACCGAAAAACUACUGUCUUUUGGAAGGUUUGAGGGAGUGAGUGGAAAAUAUGUGCAAACGCCCCCGAAGAGAGGCACACUGAUAUUCUCUCAUUCUGUUAUUUAGUCUACCCAAGGAGAGCACCACACGACUCUGAAGAACACACAAGGCAGCCAUUGCUGGGAAAAUGCAGGGCCAGAGAGAGAAGACAUUCAUAUUGAUCCUCGUUGCUGCGCUCUCUCACAGGGUGACUCAGGCAAAGGUAAUGGACAUGGUUCCUAAUGCCGUGGAUGACCAGUACACUCACUGUCGGGAGCAGAUGUUGAAGAAGGUUGUGGAAGGGGGUCUGCUGGAAGAAGAACUGAAAGGCAGUUCAGAGUAUAGGGAUGUCUGGGGGGCAAAGCAGUGUACAAAGUUAAUCCCAGGAGGCGUCAAGCAACACACGGAUGCAUUAGUGGCUUAUGGACAUGGGGGAAAUGUGUUCAGAAAGAUGUUCAACCAAGCAGUGGAGACUCAGGGUGGGAAUGUCACUGUCUAUAAUAGCAACUUCCGGUUCAAAUCCCUCCACUUCCUUCUAAUGGAUGCCAUGAGGCUUUUGAAGACAGAGAACUGCCAAACUGUGUUUCGUGGUUCAAGCAAAGAGUAUGAGGCACAAGUAGGGUCAGAAGUGCGAUUUGGGAGGUUUACCUCAACCAAUGCCAAGCGUUCUUAUGCGGAGGAAUCUGCUUUAGACAAUGGGAUCCUUUUCAACAUCACUUCCUGCACUGUAGUCAAUGUGGAUGAUUACACUUGCUUCUCAGACAGCAUUGAUCAGCUAAUAUCCCCAGCAGAGGUGUUUAGGGUGGCUGAGGUAAAGAAUGUAAGAAAUGAAGAUGACCAGUACAGAGAGAUCGUUUUGACAAGUUCAAGGACCCACAGCAUUGACAGCAUCCGCGACUGUUUCCUCUUCCCCAGAUCUCCUACAACUACAAGUCUUCCAUCAAUCACCCCCAAAGGCUCCUCUACUCAAUGGCUUGGAAGUAGCCUGUCUGUUCUUGUGGUUGUAUCUCUCUCCAUCUCCCUGAUCACCAGGACUGAUCAUCUCUGAUAAACUAAAGUGUUGAGCGCUAAUAGAUGCGGUAAAUUAGUCAAUGGGGGAACGCAGACCGUGGGGGGUAGAAGGGCGCACAUUCAACCAAUCUGAUCUAACAAAAUAGAUAUUUGUCAAAUUGUAAUUUUUGAUGUAUUGUAACAUGCCCAUAAUGUGCUUAAUAAAGUUUGAUGGAUAUAUCUGUCUGUUUUCACGGCAUAACAUUUAGACGUAGUCCCUUUUCAGGUUUCAGUGACUGCUAAAGGCUAUCUCCCAUUUGUAUUGACUGGUAGCAUAGUUAGCAUUGACUGUAAUGCAGUUUAACUGUAAUGCAGUUUCCUGGUGAUGAUGACAUCAACAUGUAUUCAGGUUGACAUCAAUACCAACAUUAUACCCUGAUUUUUACCUCAACAUAGUGUGAAACACACAUAAACAAUAGCCUAAAUGUAGGCUAAUUUUGCUGGUGGCCAUUGAGGAGAUUCUGGAUCUUUCUCCCACGACAUCUUUCUCCCAUGCGAUGCGUCUCCAUUGCAUUUCCAUUGGUUUGGUUGAGAUCCAAUGACCUCUUGACUGCAUCUAUUGAAAAGGACAAAUAGACACACAAUUGCAUGUAUGUAAUAUCAGUUUACACAGACACAUAGAUAUUCAUCAAAUGUGACAAAUCGCAAACCUGUCAAACCCCCCUUAGCAUAAUGAUAUUCUCUUGAAAAAUGUAUUUCUUUGCAUUUGAUUGUUUUUGUGAGAGACAAAAAUCAUGGUGAAUAGAUAAUUUUAGAUAAGAUGUUUUAAACAAUAUGUUAUGCAUUUAGCAAAUAUUUUAGUAUCACAACAAUUGACUGUGGGUGGUGUCCAGUUUUCAUAGAUGUGAUUUAAUAUUCCUCUUGUUUUGUUAUCGAAUAAAGAAACAAGUUGAGCAUU